AUGGCCCUGGAGCACUGCAAGAGCAAAAUCUCCAACCCGCACCUUCAGACCACCAAGAAUGCGGAAGAGUUAUGCCAGUCUCAGGAAGUGGAGGUCGUUCUUGUUGCGAGUAAUGACGCGUACCAUGUUCCGCAUACCUUGCUCGCCCUGAAAUACAACAAGUUUGUCUUUUGCGAGAAGCCUAUGGCUCUAUCGUUAAAGGACGCGGAAGCGGUCUUGGAGGCUGAAAAGCUUUCGUCUGGUAGGGUGAUGGUUGGGUAUAUGAGGCGGUAUGCAGGGGCCUUUGUCGACGCCAUCAACGAAAUAGGUGGCAUUGGCGGCGUCACUCAUGCAACAGUCAGGGAUAUCCUCGGCCCCAACUCGUGUUUUAUUGCACAGUCAGGCACUUUUCCUAAGAAGUUCUCGGAUCACAAUGAAAACGAUGCAGUAGAGCUUGCCACAAUGACAAGCCAGGCCCUGGAACAGGCGUUAUCCGUUGAGCUUGGUAUUCCGGUUAACCCAACCACUGCAAACAUGUGGAAACACUUGUCGGGGCUGGCUUCUCACGACCUGAGUGCCAUGAGAGAGUGUUUAGGUGUUCCUAACAGGGUGCUUGGUGCUUCUAUUUGUUCAGAUACAGGUCCACAGUUCUGGAGUGCUCUGUUCAAAUAUCCAGGUUUUGCUGUCUCCUAUGAGUCGGGAUGGGAUGAGAUACCACGGUUCGAUGCGAGUAUCGAAGUGUUUGGGAGGACAAAGACCGUGAAGAUCUGCUAUGAUACCCCAUAUGUCAAGGGACUGCCAACAACCAUGGUUGUUCGUCAACUAGGUCCCAACGGUGAAUACAUAGAGUCCACCGUUCGAAAGACGUACGAGGAUCCGUUCACUCUGGAGAUGAAGGAAUUAUACGAAGCUGUGGUGAAUCAAAAUAAGAUUAUCAAGACAACAGCAACGGAUGCGGUGGCGGAUAUCAAAAUUUUCCAAAUGAUAAUGAAGACUGGGUAUGAACAGUCGCUAUGA